AGGAGCCAAAAUGCUUGCCUCUGACAACACCAUGACGACCGGAUACGACGAGGUUAAAGUGGCCGCUGCGACAGCGGCCUUUGCCGCUACCAACGCCGGUAACAGCUCUAUGAUCGCUGCUUGCCACAUCUCCGACGCACUGGCGUACAUUUCCAGUGCUGUCAAACUCUACGGAGCUCUCGACUACGAGGUUCUAUCCUCCUGUCUCCUCCAGGCGCAGCGUGCUGUGGUAGAAGCGGGCGAGGCAGCUGAAAAUGCACGCAUCGCUGCUGACACCGCCGCUGAGGUAUCUGAGAGGCCGACCGCUGAGUACGAGGCAGGGUACGACUCGGGAUAUGAGAGUCUCCCAGAGGCCUGGUCUACUGUAGCUGACCUGUGGGCUGACACUGAUGUAGGUGAUGUGCACGAUGCGAAGGUAGACGUUGGAGCAGACACCGUCGUCGCCAAAUCUGCACCACCCACGCCUGAGGGCCCGCGAUGCCUCGUUCCCGGCAUGUUCAUCAAUAAUGAUGAAGGUGGCCGUGUAGAGUCCGGGUAUGGAGACCGAGUCGAAACUCUGGACUUCAAAAACCUUGUCAUUGUCGAGGAGAGUCACUUGUUCUCUAUUAAUGAGUUCGCCCUUGUGACCGAGCCUUUGCUGCGUCAACUUGCUGCUCACUCUGAUCAAAUGGCGAUUUCUGACGGUGUUAUUUAUGCUAACGGUUUUCUCUACGUUGAUGACCCUUGUGAGCCCAUCAAGUAUGGGUUCGGGAGGGUUAAAGAAGUGUUUAAAAACGACAGAGUCCCUAUUGUUGCUAAGCCUUAG